AUGCGUAGGCAGGCUGAUGCCUGCCUACGUAAAGAAUUAUCUACCUCGGUGGGUGCGUUAGACGAGAAGGUUUAUAACUCUAUAGAGGAGUUGAGGACUGCUACUAAUGAUAACUUUAAUGCUGUGAAGAUUUGCUUGGACGAUCGUGACCGUCAACACAAUGAAGUGACUUCUAGGCUAGAUCGUCGUCUUGAGGCUAUUGAUCUCAAAUUAACGAAUAUGGGAAGGCCUACUGUGAAGACGGUGCAGGGUGCUCAAGCUUUUGAUUUUAGUCCUGAUCGUGUAGGAGCUCAACAGGUUAUUGGUAGUAAUAACGACUUGAGGAGUCCUUAUGAUAGGCAUGUUACGUUGAGAAAACGUAUUGGCUCUGCCUUUAGCUUGAAUGGUAAUGGAGAGCCUAUUGGUCGUGAUGUAGGUCGUAGCAGUCAUGACCAAGGUCUUCCUGUGGCGCCGAAUGCUACCUCUGAUUAUGGUAUGCCUUUGUACGGGCAGGAGAGUCCGACCUUUUCCUUCAACCCCGUUGGUUCUGGUG